AUGGUCCUCGUCCACCACCUGGCGCCGCGCUGCACACGCCGAGUGGACCCCCGCGUGGAGGCUUGUGGAGAAUGCCCGCCGUACGUGAGGGAAUACGUGGGCCACCAGGUGUGGACAUCCAUCAGGAACCUGGAGGUGAACGGCGAGGACACGGACCAGCUGGACACCUCCAACACCAACCAUACUUAUGACAUCCUGAAGCUCAUACAAGAUGUCACCAGCAAGGCCAACACUGUGAUCCAGGAACUGCAGUCCACCCUCACCGUGGAUCAGGUGGAGAAACUGCCCCGCUACCACCCCAUCAGUCACUUCGCUAUCAAGAAUGGACGCAGGAAGAUGGAGGACCGACAUGUCAUCAUCCACGACCUUAACACCCUCUAUGGCCUUAAUUUCAAGCAGCCACAUGCCUACUAUGGAGUGUUUGAUGGCCAUGCUGGGAUAGAUGCUGCCGUGUACAGCGCCGCCCACCUUCACCAGUACAUGAUUCAGAACCCACAAUACGAGACCAACCCAGAAGCCGCCCUGAAGCAUGCCUUCCACAUCACUGACACAAACUUCAUCAAGAAAGCCAGUAAAGAGCCCCAGUGUAUAUCUUGA